AUACCAAUAAUAUUCUCAAGUUAAAAAUUAAGGCUUCUAAGAUUAAGUAAGGGCGAUGCCAUCAGUACGUUUGGUUCGAAGUUGCUACUAAGUUAUUUUUUUUCUUGAGAGUCCUAGGGGUUAUCGUUCGCGAUUUAUUUUAGGUCAUGGGUUGCAUUACCUCUGGUAUUGAUAACUCUGAAGCUUUCAUGCUUUCCCGUAAAAUUGACGAAAAGUUAAAGCUUGAAGGGAUAGACUUCCGCCGCCAAGUUAAAUUGCUUCUUUUAGGUACUGGAGAGUCGGGUAAAAGCACAAUCUUAAAGCAGCUCAAAGUAAUACACGAGAAAGGAUUUACAGAUAAGGAAAAAGAAGAUUAUAAGUAUAUUAUUUGGGGAAAUAUAACACAUAGCCUUCGACUUCUGUUGGAGAGCUGCUUAAAACAUACUGCACUUUCUAAGGAGCUUCACGAAAAAGCCCAAGGGGUUUUGGGUCUUAUUGAAGAAGAUUCUGGUAAUCUUAAACUUCCAGGCAAGUUGUCAGAGAGCAUAGUCAAUCUUUGGUCUCACACAGAAUUUAAAGAAUUGUGUAAAAACAAGGAUGUUUGCCAAGUUUGGACGGGUGACGGAGUCUCUUACUUUUUAGAUAACAUCGAACGCGUGAUUUCACCAAGCUAUGUGCCUAGUUCUUAUGAAAUCAUGCUUGCUCGCUCGAAAACGACUGGCAUCGUAGAACGCUCCUUUAUAUAUAAGGACCUUAAGUUUCGGUAAAAAACUAAUAACUAUAGUACUGUACUAAUUGAAAACUUUAUUCUCCACUGAGAGUAUUUUUGAUGUGGGUGGGCAACGUUCUGAGAGGAGGAAAUGGAUUCACUGUUUCGAAGAUGUCA